CAAAUUCUUUCAAACUUAAGAUGGCAGGGAUUGGACAAAGACUAAAAAUACAUCCUAGUGAUAAAAACUUGCUGGCUUUUGGAAGGCAAGAUUUCAGCAUUCAGUCACAGUUUGACACAGGAGGCGGGACAAGUUCACGGAUGAUGAUGACAAGAGACGAAACUGACAUUAAAAAAGCUAAAACACAGGAAAGACUUACAUUAGAGGAUGUCAGAUUUUCAGACAUGAGGAAGAAAGUUCCUUUACUCGGAAGAGUCCCAUUAAGUAAAAUGAUGGUUUCUGAUGUGGACGAUAUAUUUGAGCAGCAAAAGAAGGAACACCUUAGUUUUAUCAAACUAAACUUUAGGCAGUUAGAAUGUCAGCAAUUUGUUCCUGCACCAAAUCAACAAAAAAUAGAGAAAACAGUAGCCUUAAAAUGUCACUGUGGAGAAGUUUUAAAAAAUCAUAUUCCAUAUGAAUUUAACCUAUCAACCCAAACGGGAAAACGAAAAGCAACGACAUAUAGAUACGAAAACUUAAUUCCAUCUGAUUUAAAGCCUUUUAUUGAUCUCAACAACCUUGGAUCUAAGCCUCCUGAAAAGUUCCCUCCUGUGGAAUGGAAACCUGAUCAGGCUAUCAAAGUAAAAAUUACCACGUCUUUUGGAAAAAUUAAAUUUACAGGCAUGGAACAAGUUGGGGGCAUGAAACCUGCAAAGUACUUACGUUUAACAGAUGAAGAACAACCAGAUUCAGUUGGUCUGGCUAUAAAGCUGAUGAAAGACCAUUGGAGAAUAAUGGAGCCGAAUACACCAAGUCUGAUUAUAUCUGUUGUUGGUGGUGCUAAAAACUUCAAGCUUAAUGGUAAAAUGAGGGAAACUUUCCAGUCUGGUCUUAUUAAAGCUUCCCAAACAACAAAUGCUUGGCUGAUAACAUCAGGAUUCAAUAUGGGAGUAAUGAAGGAAGUAGGAUUAGCGGUUAGAGAAGGUCAGUCAUUCGAAUGGUAUAAAGACAGAUUUGCCCAUGGUCUGCGUUGUAUUGGAAUAGCUCCAUGGGGAUAUGUUAAAAAUAGAAAUUGUCUGACAGACCACACUAUGAAACUUUACCCCACUGAAUACAAAACCAGUAAUGUGAUAGAACAUGCAAAACCAGUGCCACUGAAUUCUGAUCAUACACAUUUCAUCUUUGUUGAUGAUGGAUACAGAAACUUAUAUAGGGGUGUAGCUAAAUUUAGAGCUAGAUUUGAAAAGAAACUGUCUGAUCCAAUCGAAAAAGGUGGAGAGGGGAUACCAGUUGUAUUAAUUGUAGUAGAAGGAGGUCGGGAUGCUAUAGAGGAUGCUAAAACCUCUCUGGAACAUAAUAUUCCUGUUAUCUUGUGUGAGGGUACUGGUAGAGCUGCUGAUAUACUAGUGUAUGCUUACACCAAUCCAGAGAGGGGGACUAAGAUCCGUAAGUUGAUAAAGAAGGCGUAUUUUGAAUUGAAAUCAGCAGACAAGGACGACCCUAAGGCUAAACAGAAGGCUGAAGAUGGGAUCAGUAAUGUGUUUGAAAGUGUCAAAAGUUGUAUUGCAAAAAAAGAUAUGAUCAGUAUAUUUCAUAUAAACAAACACGAAGAACUUGAUAAUGAAAUUCUGAAGAUUUUACUGAAAGCUAAAGCUGGUGAAGUAACCGAAAAACAGAGAUUAGAGAGAUUAAAACUGGCUCUCAAAUGGGACAGGGCUGACAUAGCACAAGAAGAAAUAUUCAGAGAAGAUGCUUUAUGGAGUAGAGGAAGUUUUGAUGAAGCGAUGGAGACAGCCAUACUAACUGAUAACGUAAAGUUUGUACAGAUAAUUUUGAACCAAGGAGUCAUGAUGGGAGAAUUUCUCACCAGCAAAAGAUUGUUAAAACUUUAUGAUAUGGCAUUGAAGGAAAUAGAUAUAAAUAGCAUGCCUUUUAAACAGUUGAUCACUAAGCUUGGCAUGAGCGAGAAUGAAGAAAUGAAAAUGGAGAAAUUGUCUAAAAUUGUGGUUUCGUUAAUGGACAAGUUUGAUUAUGACAUGGAAGAAGAAGAAGAUAUAGAUGAUAAUGCCAAUGACAAUGACAAUGAAAGAAAUAAGAAUGAACCUAAACACUUUAAACAUCCAUACAAACAAUUGCUCAUAUGGUCAGCCCUACUACUUAGACCACGUCAUCCACAGAGCCAGGGAUCUGUCGAGAGGGCAAAUGGUGAUGUUAAAGAAAUGCUCUCAACAUGGCUCAGUGAAAAUAAUUCUACACUAUGGUCUGAAGGAUUACGAUUUAUCCAAUUUCAACAGCAGAUGGCCCACUUUGCAUUAAAAAUGGGAGGUGAACCAGUAACAAGUACAGUAGCAGCUUCCAGAAUACAUUUCUCCUUAGCCAAAUAUAUACACAGAAAUGAGUUGUCUGUCCAAAAUAAAGUCUUAUCAUAUAAAGAAGAGUUUGAUGAACUAGCAUCAGAUAUAUUAGACGAAUGUCAUACUAGAGAUCCUACUACAGCAAUGAUGAUUGCUGAGAGGAGAUCCCCUACAUGGAGUAAUAUGACAAGUAUGCAGAUGGCAGCUUCUGCAGACAAUCAGACUUUUUUGGCAUCAGUUGUGUGUCAAAAUUCUAUCAAUUCAACAUGGAAGAGAGGAAUAGGGUCAUCCUGGCAAAAGGUAUUUCUGGUGAGUUUGUUCCCCUUCCUAGCAGCAACACCACUACUGGAUAUAAACAAACUUGGAGACAACAAGAUGUCACCUACAUAUAAGUUCCUGGCGUUUCUUACUUCACCAAUAGCAAAGUUUACUUACCAUUCUCUGAUGUAUUUGAUUUUUCUGAUGCUAUUUACAUAUUUUGUAUUAGUGGAGUUUCGGACAUCUGAAGUUACUCCUAUAGAAGUUGUUUGUAUUGUUUGGAUAUCUACGUUUAUUAUAGACAACGCAUACACAUUUCUGGCAUUUCCAUCCCCAACACUUAAGUGUACCAUCAGAGACUGGUUUGGACUGCUAAAGUUUCUAGACAUUGGAAACUGUGUAUUAGCUAUAAUAGGAUUUAUCAUGCAUGCAAAAGGAACUAAAGCUAUGGAGGCAAAAUCUAUAUUUUGUAUAAAUGCGGUUGUAUUUUACAUAAAGGUGUUGGAAAUUUAUACAGUAAACAGUCGAUUAGGACCUAAAAUGGUGAUGAUUAAAAAAAUGAUGUUGGAAUUAGUGAUGUUUAUUUUAGUGUUGACUAUAUUCUUGUUAGCUUAUGGAGUAGCUAGUCAAGGACUAAUGCAUCUACAGAGAAAAUCUGAAUGGACGAUACUUAAAGACGUUGUUUACUUCCCAUACUGGCAGUUGUACGGAGAGUUGUCUUUAGACGAAAUACAAGAUGAUGACCACUGUGAGUAUUUAAAUACCACUAAAAAUGUGAAUAAGACUGAUCUGUAUGAUGAAUCGUACUGUAGACAGUACCAUGGGCUUGUUCCUGUAUUCUUAGCAGCAUAUUUGAUGAUUGGAAAUAUACUGUUGCUUAACUUGCUGAUAGCCAUUUUCAGUAACGUAUUUCACGAAGUUCAGGUUAAUUCGAACAGAAUUUGGAAGUAUCAGAUGUACUUACUAGUGAUGGAAUUUGAUACAAAGGCUUCCCUGGUACCACCACUCAGUAUUUUUAUACAUAUCUAUCUGAUCUUUAAAUGGGUCUUCAGACAUACCUGCUGUAGAAAAUCUAAAGGUCGCCAAUAUGGUUCUCGCCAUUUAGAAUAUUUACAGUUGUUUGAGAAAGAACAAUUAUCUAACUACUUGAGGAAAAAGAAAGCUGAUGCUAAAAGUUCUACAGAUCUUAGUAUUCUUAGUAUGCAGAAAAGAAUUGAUGAGUUGUACAAGAUGAUAAAAGAGGAAUUUUUAGAUGAUGAUCCAGCAAUAGUAGACCGAGAAACUUCCAAGGCAGCAUUUGAAUCAUUAUACAGACCCAACACAGUAAGGGAGGCUUCUCUUCAUAGACACAUAUCUAAAAAAGGAUCUUUGAAGGAUACUGUGCCGAUACACACUAAGGAGGAAAACGAAAAAGAAAAGAAACCAAGGAAGAAGAAAAAGAAGAAGGCUAAAGAUGAUGAAGUCAAAUUACUGAAAGCUAAAGAUGACGAAGACAAUUCAUUUAAGGCUCAAAAUGACGAAGAUAAAUUGUUUAAGGCUAAAGAUGGUGACGACAAAUUGUCGAAAGCUGAAGAUGAGGAAGACAGACUGUUUAAAGUAAAAGAUAAGGACAAAUUGCUAAAUAUAGACAAAGACAUAGAGAAACCAGAAGCAGAGAAAAUAGUUGCGGAUUUGUUGGAAGAAAACGUAUCGGAUGAUGAGUAUGUUAUGGCUCCUUCUUCAUUACCUAUUUCUCCAAGACGCAAAUCACCGACAAAAAAGUAUACACCGGACUCUGAUAGUGAUGACGAGAAACCAUCAAGAUCGCUCCGUAUGAACAUCCAACAUGACUCAGAUGAUAACUCUGAUUGGAACAAUUUUGAUCAAUUCAAAAAAACGAGAAGAAGUAAAAGGAGUAGAAGUCGACCACAAGAUUCUUUUUCAGAGGAAGAUCUUAAAUACAGAGGAUCAAAAAUCCGCCAAAAAUUGAGAAAGAAAAGGUCGCGUAAAAAUGACAGUGAUUCUCACUAAUUAUGCCAAACGUUUAUUUGUGCUAAUGGCCCUUGUAUGGUCAUAAAAUUGUUACAGUCAGUUUCAAUUAUUUUGUAAUGAUCAAGGCGGUUUACUGUAAAUAAGAUGUUUUUGAAACUUAUUUAUUAAUUUUGAUUAUUGUUGAUUUUUAAAAUCUAUUUUAAACGUUUAUCAAUAUUAUUGAGCAAAUAAACAAAGAACAUGAUGUUGUUAUACAAGUUUGUAUACACCAAGGAUUUUUACUAUACAAAUCCUUGUAUACACAUACAUACCAAGUUAGGAAUAAGAAGUAUAUUUAUAUAUAUAUACUAAAAGGGUGUUGAUAGCGUCUACAGAAUAGCCACCAAAGUGGCAUUACUAUAGACAAAGGUCAGAAUUUUUAUUAUGUGGAUAUUGCAUUAUACUUUUUGAUACACAUAGGCACUGGCUUAAGUAAUAUUUGUAUACAAUUACCCUAUUCCAGUGUAUGUAUAGAUGAUCUAAUGUUAUUAGUGUCUUCCAUGUAUUAUGUAAAAUGUAUGCCAUUAGUGUAAUACCUGCAUUAUGUAUUUGUUUUUUUAGAUGAUAUUAUUUUCUUUACUUAUUUAUAUAGAAAUCACACAUGUAGUAAUAUAGAAUAGCUAUUUCAGAUUAGUUUAACGAUUUCAAAUUUAAUUUUGGAUGUAACGCUUCUUCUAGUUGGCUGACGUGGUUUUGUUUGUCAGCCCAUAGACAUAAUUAUGUCAUAUGACCGUGACAUCAUCAACGUUCUUUCAUGGUUUACCACGGUUUAAAAUAGAAAUUUGAACUAGAUUAUAAGAAAUGACUGUAAUAUUUUUUCUGUCUAUUCGAAAUAACAUAAAAAAUGUGGUGCACAUUGUAAAGCAACCCCCUACGCGUGUUAUACAGUGUGCACCGCGUUUUUUAUGUUAUUUCAGUGAAAAAUAUUACAGUCUUUUCUGAGAGAAGGAUGUUAUAUUUUUUUAAUGUAAUUUGACAAAAAAAAGAGGAUAUUUCCCACCAGCAUAGUAUGUACAUGUUAACCCGUUGAUGUUUUAGUUAUGGUAGUUUACCACGAUGUUGAAGUCAAUAUGUACAUGAUGAUAUUUAAUUGUAAUGAUCAAAUGCCAAUUUAACGUGUAUCUGAACAUUAACUGAGGAUAAACUGGGGAACGGUUUACUACAUACACAUUUUAGAAUCAUAAAUACAAACAGUAGGGUAUUAGUUACUUCAAUUCAUCUUCGUCGUCAUUUAAACUUCAGAAUUAAAAACAAAACUUAAACGAUAUAAAUUUGGUUGACAUCUUGCCGCUACCUCGAAAUUCUAGAAAUGCAUUUGCAAAAUUUGAAAGUUGUUAUGCUCCUUUGAAAAAUGAGAUAUGUUUUGUGAUAUGUUCAUAUGCUGAUUGCAUUUUCGUGAUACUUUCAUGUGUAUACUUUAUUUUCAUAUUUUUGUGAUACUUUCAUGUGUAAAUGACCUUAUUUUGUUUUAAAAAGAUUUUUUUUUUUAAAACACAUAUGUACUUCAAAAGCAUAUCAUUUAGUGCUCAGAUGCUCCAUUUAUUUUUCCAUAUGAUAUUUUAAAACAAUAUAUCAAGUAUUGUUAUAUAUGAUAUUUAUAAAAUUAGAAAAUCAAAUCAUUUGUUAAAAUGACAUUUCGUCAAAGGUAAUAGUUUUAUAAUGCUGUUAAGAUCACUGUUAUACAAUUAAAAAAAAAUCCUACAUUCUGUCCUAUUUCUGUAUGACAUACCCCCCUUUUUUUAACGCGUAUUCGUUUGUACAUUUGUGAAUCCAUUAUUUUCAAUUCAAAAUUUGGAAAAAAUGUGCAGGAAAUUCACUUCUGGUAUAAUGAACGCUAGUUUUUAUUGUUAUCUAGUCUGAAUUGUUUGACUUAACGAUCAUUCAACAGUAAUUUCUGAAUUUACAGUUAUAUCGUUCAGAUUCCAUACAGUAAAGACAUGGUUAUUUAUUUUUUCGUCUGAUAAGCAAUUUGUACAAUCAGCCAAAUACAUAUAAUAUAUCAUUUUGCAUUGAUACAAGGUAAUUUUACAUAUAAAUUUACUCACUAAUCAAAAAGAUUUACAUUUAAAACAUACGCAAAAUUGUUCUGUUAUUCAUGACCAUAAUGUUUAUUGUAUAGACCUUUUUGCAAUUACUUGUUAUUUUGACAUUGACCUUUAAUGGUUCACUUUUAUAAAUUGUUAUUUGGAUGUAGAGUUGUCUCAUGGGCUCUCGCACCACAUCUUCCUUUAUCUAUCAUAUUAGUGUAAAUAUCAAUAUUCAUAUGAAUUGUAACAUUGUAAGAUCUGAUUUUUUAAAUCAUGCAUUGCUCAGUUGUUAUAAACACAUGAUC